UUAUUCUUCUUUCGUAUUCAAGAAUGAAGGAUCAGCAAUCGCGAAUCACCGACUAGGCCUAACGCCACGGAGCCACAUAAGACCUCGAUGAGGCGCAUUGCAUGAAGUGCCUUGCUUCCAUGGAGGCAGACAUGCAAUACUUGUGGGAAUGACGUCUAUACAACACGCAAUAAAAAAACCUGUGAUUAGAAGAUAGAAGGACUUACAAGGUUUCGACGAGCCAUGUCAUCAUUCAGACGUAGACUCAAAGGGCGAUCUCGAGAUAGGUAGUCCCAGUACAAGGUAUAUAGGUAGCCUAGGGCCAUCCAGGCCCAGAGAAGAUGCAAUAAACCAUAAUCGGCACAUCCCUUAUUAAAUAAUAUUUAUCGUAAUAACCACCAAUCACCAUGUCGAAUUUCUUGAAAGAGGUCAAAGAUUCCAUCACCCAUAAGGAUCAUGAUAAGCCCAGCAAAUCUUCCAAUGCUGGACCUCAUGACUCCAACCUAGCAAACAAGCUGGACCCUCGUGUUGAUAGCGACCGCGACAACCGCGCAGCAGGUACCAGCGCAACUGCCACCGGCGUUGGAGGUACUACUGGAAUCAACACAGGAUAUGACAACCCCCGAUCAGCCAAUGUUGGUCCUCAUGACUCCAGCCUGGCUAAUAAGGCCGAUCCACGCAUUGAUAGCGACCAAAGUCAAUAUGGAGCUGCAGGCGGAUUUACCUCUACAGGAGGAAGCUAUGAUAACCCUCAAUCAACUAGUCAUGGUCCUCUUGGCUCUGACCGUGUUGAUUUUGCCGAUCCUAGCAUUGGAAGCAACCAAGGUCAACUCGGCUCUGACAUCGGUGGAGCUGGUCUCAGUGGCAAUAACGUUCAGUCCACCAACGCUGGUCCUCAUAGCUCGAAUGUGGCCAACAAGUUGGAUCCUCGCGUUGACAGCGACUUGGAUAACCGCGCUCGUCACCAGAACCUUGCUUCAGGCGGGGUGCCAUCUGGCAGCAGCUACGCUACUCCCGGCAGUGGUAGUGCUCAACAAACGGCUGGCCCUCAUGAUUCCAACCUGGCUAACAAGCUUGACCCUCGUGUCGAUUCAGAUGUGGAUAACAGCCGAACUGUUGGCGGAGAUGCGACUACUUACUGAAUUAAUGAAAGUGUCCCCGCAUAAGGCUGCUGAAACAAUACCAGACCUAAUGAUGAAUGCAAAAUUGAUAUUUCCAUUGUUACAUUAGUUUGCUAUUUGGAAGAUUCGUUCUUUGAACCUGAUGACAAAUUGUACUAUUAGGUUAAAGAUGCUUUUGAGUUUAAUAUUAAUACGAGUCUAAAGAAUUUCUAUGGGCAUUACAUGUCAGAAUAAA